GGAGGACCCAGGACGUAUCAAGCCAACCCAAGAGGACUUGCGUUGCCAUUCUGUCUCAAGUCUCCGUGAUCGAGGCCACGGACACUCAUCCGAAACUUGAAUUCAACUAUAUACUCUGAACACUCACUGCAUUCGUUGGUUUCCAUGACGAAACUCAUCAUCCUAGCUGUAGCGUUUUGCUUCGCGCGCUCGCACGCGCUCGACUGGCCACGUGCUGUAAGCCAAGCGACGCGUAUCCCAGCAUCGCAGUUCAUCUCGGCAUCGACGUUGAGGUCGUCGGAAAUCACAGGCUUGACCUGCACGGCGAUUAGCGAGUACGUUCCCGCCACCGGCGCUCCCUUAGUCUGCAGCAAUGUCUUCGUCGACAGUAACGACGCGCACUGGACAGAUGCAGCCGGUGAUACCUCAUACGUUUGGUCGGCAGACAAUGAGGGGGCAACGGGCAAGCUGGGUGGCUGCGUAGGGAUCUGGAUCGAAGUGACCUUACCAGCCGAGUAUACCGUUGACAUUAUCACUUAUCGCCAGCGGUAUGCGCCCACCGACCAGGGCGACGAGAUGAGCGUGGAGCUAAAGUCUACCAGCGGCGCGGUGCUGUCGACGCAGCUCAUCGCUUUUCAGAACGCGAGCACGAACAAUCCGCAGGAGGAGGCCUUCUCGCUGACGCCCACCGCUGGUGUGAAGUCCAUCCGCUUUACCUACACCAGGGCGGAUACAGCCGACUGUGGCCCCACGGGGGGCUACCUCGGAGCAAAGCGCAUCAAGGCCUACGGCACCGUGUCGGCCGCAGGUGCAGGAGCCGCCGGCGCGGGGACGACGACGACGGCCGCCGCCUCGAGCGAGGGACUCGCCCUCAUGACCGAGCUUGCGGAAGAGGUGCUUGCCAACGACGAGCCGCUCCUGCCAAAUCCCUGGGACGUUGUCGUCAACACCCCGUCGGACAGGGACGUGGGCACCGUCACAGAGCACCCCUUCGCGCCUGCCUACGACCUCGAGGUGGCCGCGGACUCUCUCGAGACCGCAGCUGAGCUGAGUGGAGGCUCGCCCACGAUCUCCAUCCGCAGGAUCUUGGUGGCGGAGACCAAAAACUCCACCCAGCCGCCACCGAGCUACCGCAUGGGAGGCGAAGGAGGCGUGACCGUGAAGCACCUUAACGGCAUGCAGAAUCCGACGGGUGCCACGACAGUCUGGGGUUGGCAGAAGAACAGGUAUUUUGCUCUGCAGGCCUGGAUGGCCACGAAGAGUGAUACAGAUCUGAUGGCCGUCCAUGCCAGUGGCGAGGUCUUGUUUGCCGGUUGCGAUGAGAGCACCAUCCUGUCGAAGUACAAUCAGAUCAUCACGGCUAACGGUGGCACUCAGACGAUUGUCAUAGCUGCCGAGGUGAGCCCUUUUCAUGAAGAUCUCGGGUACUCUUACGACAUUUCGACCGCUGGUAUCGAUGCAACCAGGACUGGGGCCCUGAGUUAUCUGAGUGCUGCCGCCGACUGGGCCACAACUUACGCCGCUUGCACCACCGGGGUUUGUAACAGUCCGCCCAAGUAUCAGUUCGCAAAUCCAGGCUUCAUCAUGGGCCCUGUCGGGGACAUUGCAGAGAUGCUUGCAGAUAUGCCCACGUGGGCCGACACAGAGAAUCGCUUGAUCAACCAGUACUACCUCCGUAACACAGACAAGGUGGCUCUCGACUUUGCGGGCACUUUGGUGAUGUCCCUGCACAAUAUGAAGCUUGACGCGAGCAUCCCCGUCGAGGUGGAAGUCGUUUCGGGCAGCAAGAGGAUCAAGAACAAGGUGACUCAGAACGCCGUGUGCUUCGUGCACGGUGCCGGAAAUUCGUUCAGUACACUCAAAGAUCUUGCGCAGGAGUUGCUUGCCUGAGGGCACGCUGGCUAGGCGCACUUUCUCAUUGGGUCCGCCCAGUUUCGUCGGGGCUACGUAUAUCGCCUGAUCGCUUGAUCAUUGUGUCAAUUCAUCAUUGCUGACCCCCUUGUAAAGAAGGCGACUCCCACCUUUUGAUCGUCCGUGAAAAAUGCACAACAUGACUGCAGACGCUCCCGGACGGCCCAAGAGCGCCCCAAUAGGCCCAUCCAUAAGAGUUGCGGAGGCUGAUUUGCGCUUUCUCGCUUCUGCAGGCGCCCGACAGGCAAAGGCGGUCCAGAAGGCCUU